UGCAGCUCAGGUGCAAGUCACCAGUCAAUCAAGUAGUCAGUAGUGACACACUCAUAUAGUGGUAGUUGGACCAGAAGCACAUUCACUGAUCCGAUCGUAGCCGUUUCCCUGACCACAAGCGUCACACAUCCAGAAAUAUGUCAAAGUUGAAGAUGUUAAAGAUGAUCUCUAUAGCCCUGUGCUUCGCCGGCAUUCUUGUGUUUUUAAAAGGAAUCACUGAGUUCAAAAUUCAGUUCUCUCUUGAUAAUCAAACCCUCUGUGGGACGUGUUUAUCCCCCAAAAAUCAGCUGUGCUUCCACCCCUUAAAACCCCCAGUUGAGCCGCUUUUAUCUGCGAACCACAACCUCUCAGAGGAUGAUUUCAACUGGUGGAAGCACUUACAGAAUGAAAAACGAGACUACAACACAUAUAAAGAAACAGUGAACAGCCUGUUUCAGACAUUCCCAACCAUCCUGGAGCCUGUAAAACUCAGCAGAGACAGCUGUAAGACCUGUGCUGUGGUGGGAAAUUCUGGUAACUUGAAGGGAUCACGUCAUGGACCUCAGAUAGAUUUCCAUGAUUACGUCAUCAGAAUUAACAGGGGUCGCACCAAAGGCUUCGAAGAAGAUGUCGGCACCAAAACAACUCAUCGGGUCAUGUAUCCAGAGAGUGCCGUGGAUUUAGACAACUCCACUCACCUUGUGUUGGCUCCAUUCAAGAUACUAGAUCUAGAGUGGCUCAGGAUGAGCAUGACAACUGGAUUUCAUGGAACGUCCUAUGUUCCAGUAAAAUCAAAAAUAGCAGCCAACAAGGAUUUGGUGAUGGUGAUCAACCCGGCUUUCAUAAGAUACGUUCAUGACACGUGGCUGGGAAAGAAGGGCCAGUAUCCAUCCACUGGCUUUAUAACUUUGGCUCUUGCGCUGAACAUUUGCAAUGAGGUUCAUGUUUUCGGUUUUGGAGCAGACAAGGAUGGAAAGUGGAAUCAUUACUUUGAGGAACUGAGUAACCCAGGACCUGGAAUACAUCCCGGACAACAGGAGUAUGAUGUUAUCCAGUAUUUAGAUAAACAAAAACAAAUCUUGUUUUAUAGAGGGUGGUGAAUUCCUUUUUUUAGGAAUUGAAAGCAGCUAGCCUCUCAUACUCUCACACAGCAAAAUGAGACUUCUGCUUUCUUUGGGAUGACACUACCAGGGCAGAAGGAAGAAAUAAGAGAUAAAUUAAAAGAGCUGCCGUACAGGCAGAUUCACAUAUGAUGGUUGCACUAUUAUGUGCAUGCUAAAAGUUAUUUUUGUAACUGUAGCAGGUGACUGAGCUGUAUGUAGAAGUGUGUAUGAAAUGAAGCAAUUAUGCAGUUUGAGGAUAUCAGAAUUACUGUUUGUUUACAUUUAUUUUUGAACCAGGAUGCACUUCUAUAUUAUUGAAGGGAAAUUUACCUUUAUGUGGGAGAAAGUUUUUGAAGAGCUUUUGUGUAUAGGAGCUUGUCAAAGGUACUGUGAUUAACUCAUGUGAUAUGGUCACCCUUACAGUCUUCUCUUUACCCAAAUUUAAACAUCACAUCCAUAUACAUCAAGACCAUAUGAAGAAAACACACACUUAAAUAUAUUUUAAUCCCCUCAAUCCUCAAGCGCACAAACAUUGAAUUGUCUUCUCUUUGGUUUCAGUUCGCCUAUUCAAGUAUCAUACAUACAGGUGAUAAAUGGGACCAAGUAGCUCUGGCUGCCAAAGUUAUCAUUUAUUUAUUAUUUGUUGCUGUGUUAUGUUUGUGAUGUUUUAUUUACAUGCAUAUUUUGUGAUGAAUUUUGAGUUUUGGUAAUUCUGUACAGAAACAUAGUAAAUAGUCACACAACUGAGAAGGCAGGUGAUUUUUUGUUUCCCUAUACAAUUUUACUCUUGGUAUGGUGCCAACCAGCAUAUUUAUUUACAUGUACUAGACUUGUUUGACUUGUUUAUGGCAAAUGGGGAUAUUGGGCAGUUGUCAACAAACAACUGUUGAUUUGUUGUGGUGGUAAUAAGAGAAUAAAUCUGCCGGUAGGCAACAAGA